AUGAACUUUCCAGAGAAGUGGAGAUUAUGGGUUCGAGGAAUUCUUAUGCCGUCUCGCUCUUCGAUAUUGGUCAACGGUUCACCAACAUGCGAAUUCCAAUGUCAUCGAGGGGUUCGACAAGGUGACCCUCUCUCACCCUUCAUUUUCAUUCUAGCCAUGGAGGCUCUCUCGAGUUUCAUGGUUAGUGCGAACUCUGCCGGAUUGAUUAGAGGUAUCUCUCUUCCUAACGGAGGCCCAUCUGUUUCUCAUCUUGUGUUUGCGGACGGUGUCAUGCUAAUGGGGGAGUGGUCGGAGCAAAGCAUUUUAAAUGUAAAGCGUCUUAUGAGAUGCUUUUACCUCGUGUCGGGUUUAAAGAUAAAUCUAAAAAAGUCUUGUCUCUACAACGUUGGGGUUUCUCCAGAAGUUUGUGAUCAAACGGCCAACUUACUCGGGUGCAAAGCCGGCUCACUACCUUUUACUUAUCUCGGUUUAAAUGUCCGGGGUAACAUGAAUCGCUAUCACAACUGGGCACCGGUAAUCGAUUCCUUCGAAGCUCGUCUUUCGCUUUGGAAAGCUUCAACAUUUUCCAUUGGUGGAAGGACUACUCUAGUUAAAUCGGUUCUUGAUUCUCUCCCAGUAUAUUAUUUUUCUCUUUAUCUUGCGCCCAGUAACAUGAUUAAUAAACUGGAACAAUUAAGGAGAAACUUCCUUUGGGGAGAUUCGAAUUCUAGAAAUAGAAUGCAUUGGGUAAAUUGGGAGAAAGUCACAAAACCCGUUAAAAAUGGAGGUCUCGGUUUGGGGUCACUUCGACACACUAAUGUUAGGCUCUUGAUGAAGUGGACGUGGCGUUAUAAAACGGAAACAUCACGACUUUGGAGAGCGGUAAUCUCUAGUAUCCACUACAAUCCGAGGCAUGGGAAUUUCUUACCAACAAAGAGAGGCUUAUCGGGUGUUUGGAACAACAUCAUUAAAAAAGAAUCUGAUCUCAGGAAAAAAAAACAUUUUCCUCAGCCACUAUAUGCUUUGCAAGGUGGGCAACGGUUUUGGCGCUCAGUUCUGGACGGACGCCUGGGCAUCGGACACUCCUUUUCAGGCUAUGUUUCCCUCUCUUUUCCUGCUCGAACGACACAAAGGGUGCCUAGUCCGUGA